AUGUCAGCCCGACGGUCUGGCCUGCAGAAGGAGGUUCUGUCACUGUAUAGACGAGCUCUCCGCAUGGCUAAUAGUAAGCCACCGGCAGCACGGCCAAAAUUCAUGCUUUUUGUACGAUAUACAUUCAGAACGCAAGCUGCUGCGAUAUCUUCGCGUGAUGUUUCAGCGAUUGAGCAUCUCCUUCGGCGAGGGAAGCGGCAGGUGGAAGUGUACGAGGAUAGCAAGGUGUGCGAUUGUUGGGUGAGCGCGGAAAUGCUGCAGUGGGCGGAAAGAGAGAAAAGACAGAGGGCUGAAGGAACCGAGCCUUCUGCGUAA